AUCCUUGCGUCAUAUCCGGCGAUGGCGAAUGUCUUUGUUGAUGAACAAGAAAUAUCCUGGUUGAGAUUAUUCAUAGCCUACAACUGUUGUGUGGUCACUGAAAUUAUCCCAGCUUUAGUUUUCCGUUUGAAGUGAUAAGUAGAACAGAAUGUCAGGCGAUAUAAAUCGCCAGUUAAGUCACAUGUCAGAGGCAUCAUCAAUAGGAAGCGAUGGCAACUCCUCUGAAGACAUGGAUGAAGAUAUUGACCAUAGCUACUAUGACGACACAUCAGAUGAUUUAGGUCUGGACUGUCCAAGUAAAACGGAUGACCCUGAGUAUUUUGAAUAUGAACCUCUUCAGCUGAUUGACGCAGAGAGAAUGCUGAAUGAAGAAAUUGAAGCCUUGUGUACAAGGCUGGAGGUUAAUCCUUCAAUGGCCAAAAUGCUAUUACUACGACACAAUUGGAGUAAAGAAGAAAUUAUUGACAACUAUCAACGCAAUCCAACAGAAUAUUUAAUUGAAAGCCACCUUGCCAGUAGAAGAAAGCAUGACAAUUUGAUUGGCCAGCGCCCCAUGUGUUCUGUCUGCUGUAUAGAAUACCCCCGGGACAGAUUUUUCCGAGUUGCUUGUGGUCAUAGUUUUUGUAGAGACUGCUGGGAUAUGCAUUUUCAAAUACAAAUUCAAGAUGGCAUUACUACUGGUAUUGAAUGCAUGGCAAAAGAAUGCCUGGUUCUGGUAACAGAAGAUUUUGUUUGUGAAAUUCUAACUCAGCCCAAACUCAGAGACAAGUAUUCCAAAUUUUCUUUUAACGACCUCAUUAAGUCCCAUCCCAACCUCAGAUUUUGCCCAGGUAUAGACUGCUCAGUAAUCAUCAAGGCUAAAGAACCUAAAGCAAAGAAAGUGGAAUGUCAGUCAUGCAAGGCUGCAUUUUGCUUCAAGUGUGGCAUAGCCUACCAUGCACCAACUGAAUGUGAUGUAAUCAAGCGGUGGCUUACCAAAUGUGAAGAUGACUCUGAGACAGCUAAUUACAUCAGUGCCCACACUAAAGACUGCCCCAAGUGCCAUGUGUGUAUAGAGAAAAAUGGAGGCUGCAACCAUAUGCAAUGUCCUGAAUGCAAGCAUGAUUUCUGUUGGAUGUGCUUAGGUGACUGGAAAACCCAUGGGAGUGAAUAUUAUGAAUGCAGUCGUUACAAAGAAAACCCAAACAUAGCCAACGAAUCAGUGCAUGUCCAAGCGAGGGAAGCCUUAAAGAAAUAUCUCUUCUACUAUGAGAGGUGGGAGAACCAUGCCAAAAGUUUACAGUUAGAAGAAACAACAACAGCCAAAAUCACAGCCCGCACUCAUGAGAAGGUGAUGAACAACCAGGGAACUUGGAUUGAUUGGCAGUAUCUGCUGCGCGCUGCUGGACUUCUCAAAAAGUGCCGAUACACCCUCCAGUACACAUACCCUUAUGCCUAUUACAUGGAGAAAGGCCCAAGAAAAAUCCUGUUUGAGUACCAGCAGGCACAGUUAGAAGCUGAAGUAGAAAAUCUAUCCUGGAAAGUUGAAAGGGCAGAGAUUACAGACAGAGGGGUUUUAGAAAACCAGAUGGAUGUUGCUGAAAAGCGGAGACAGACGUUACUGAAAGAGUUUUUGGAUGUACAGGGAGUUUAACCCACUCAUGUCUGCCCUAGAAGAUCCUGCAGCUUGUGAACAAGGAGUGUGUUGUUUAAAUACCUUAGAAAGAUGCAAUUCCUGUUUACUGCAGUAUUCUCCAUUUAGCAUCAAACAUUCAAAAUGGUCAAUCCAAAUAGUCAUGGUUACACUGCCUAGUACACCACAUGGUCAAUUGUGUUGGCGCUGGUUAAUUUAAAUCUAACAAACCAGUUAGCGUAUUUGUCAUUUUGUUAUCAAUGGGAUAUAUCUAAACUUUUUAGGAUCAUUUUGUGACUACUUAAUUGAUUGCUAAAAAUAUAACUCACUCUGCUGGUACAUAAGCGGUAAAUUCAUUGAUAAUAAAUGUAUUUUUAUGCGUAGAAUAACCUAUUCCACAGAAAAUGAAAUAAUCAUCUGUUUACUCUGCCUUACCUUGACUAGUAUGUUUUUUUAAAUUAAUUCAUUACAAGCUGUUGAGUUUUUAAUGUUUGGUUCAAGUAGUUGCUAAUUGGUUGGCGUACAGGCCGGUUGUGUUGAGAAGCCCACGUUCAGGUUGUGAGCUGACUCUAGAGAUCCAUGUACAUGUUAGUUUGAUGAAUGGCUGCAUGUUCCUUCAACUAUAUAACAAGACCCUUUCAGUAAUGGAUAUGACUGGCGUAUAAGAACUGCAUGUGGAAAAUGUGACAUUGUUUACUACCAUUAAAGGAGAGUUGUACAUUUUUUUUACCUGACUCAUACCCUGCAAAAUCUCAAGUGUUUUAUUUCUUGCUCAUUUUUUAUCGGCUGUUGAUUUUGGUCUAAGUGGCAUGUACAUUUGAAUGGCUGAUAAUGAAAGAGUAAUUUAUUUUUGCGUGUUUUUCUUUCAUUUGUUUCAACUGGGUGAUUCGUUUUCUCAUCAUAUUCCAUUUUUAUUUUAAACUUAACAGUCCAAAGUGAUCUAUUUUCUGUAUAUUUGAAUGGAGGUUUUAACUUAUUGUGCUCUGCUUGGUUGAGCGAUUGCUUUCAGGUUUACUUUUGGUUACUCAUUAGAUUCUGGAUGAUUGGCAAUUUAAAUUUCUUGUUGUUUUUCACAUAAAAAUAUUUCAAAAUUCUUUAUUUGUACAUAAGUAAACAAAUUUUUUGUGAGUUGCAAGUCAUGAGGCAUUUGAAGUUACUAUCUUUAGUUAACAACCUACUGCUCUUAAUGUUAAAGAUUGCAGAGAUAAUUAUCAAGUUACUUUUUUAGCUUCAGAAUUGUUUUUAAUUUCACAAUUGAGCUGAAAAUCUCAGCGGAUGAUAAUUUAAGUGAAACCAUUGUUAUAUCAGUAAGAAAAUACUCCAAACAAAACUUUCAAAACUGAUUCUAUCUUAAACUGUUCACUAGUUUACCAGCUUGAGAAAGAAAUGGCACUUAACAUUAUCUGUGUCUGCUUAGAAAUUACUUAUUACAGGAAAUAAUAAUUAUAUUUUGAUUACUGAUUCAAGAAUAAUUGUAUUUUGAAAACCAGAACUUAACUUGUUGCUGUGUUAAGGAUAUCAUAGGUUGUUGUCAGCAGAGCUGUGUAGUUUAUUUCUGCCAGGCAGCAUUAGCUCAGGAUUCACACAGCAUUUCAUGUUUCACUUAUGUUGAGACCAUUUGUUAAAAACAUGCUUUAGAUUGCUUUUUUAUGUAAUUUUUUUUCCCCAAAUGUAACUUGAAAAUAUAAAACAAUGUGUAACAAUAAAUACAUUUAUUUACAAUUUAAAAAUUCACCAAUUUUAAUUAUCCUGCAUUAGAAACUAAUUAUAUAGAAAAUAUAGCUGGUUCAAUACAGUUUUAGACAUGCUAAACUAUUAGCUGGUAAGGCACCAAACUAAUCUGCUUGCUUACAAUGAUUUUUUUUAGCUCUACCUUGCCACCUAAAUGCUAUAAAUAGAUUGUAUGGUGUUGAAAUUGUGGCAGAUGUCAGUUUACAGUAGAGUGAAAUUUAAAUGUUUUUAUUUUAACCAAUGAGCCAUUCAUAUUGAUUGUAUUGUCAAUGUAAAAUAAGAUACAAAUAAAAACCAAAUCUUAAA